CAUAGUAGGCGAGUUAAAAUUUUAGUGAAUUUUUUUUCCGGCUAAUCUCAUUCCAAAUUCGUAUCAUUUUCAAAUCAAAUCGUUUUCCAACUUGUUCUAAAUCCUAAAUUCUACCGUUGAAAAAUGGCUUCCAAUCGCAUCUUUCUAGUGGAAAUGGUCGUGGAAGAAUUGCAAAUUUUUUCACAGGACCCAGAUCGGGAUCCCUCGUCGGAAACGUUUGAUCUGACGUCUUCCGAAGUUCGUCAUCUGGAAAAGGGUGACUGUUCCGGGGACGUAUGUCCUGGACGUUGCGUUCGUUUCCAGCUGGAAAAUCUGGCUCGAUGCGAAGUUUGCGAAAUGGAUUUCGGAUCUCAAGUGGACAUAGAACACUCGAAGCUGGGUGAGAGCUGUAUGUUCACACUUGACCGUAAUCGGCUGCACGAUGAAAGCGUGCCAUUGAAUUUCGUAAUAUCUGCAUUGGAAAAGUGGAGAAGUGGUCGCAAAAGGACACUCGGCAAAUGGCAGCAGCCAGCGAAUGACAUUUUUGUCAGUCUAUCGAGUAAUUACGAUAACACCAAUGGCAGAACUGGAUCGAGAACAUCGAUCGAAACAGCUAUGUCCGAAGGUUCAAUUUCCAAAGGCAGUAUUCCGGUGUCGGAAACAAUCAAGUCACUGUAUCCACUACACGGAAAGGGUAACAUUGUACGUGGUUAUGUUAUAGUGACUUUGCGAAUUUCCUGUUUGGGCUCAAGGAUCACUCAGAAGGUUAUGUUUGGCACAAAGCCUAAUGAAUCGGGUUUUACUUGUUUUAAAUCAUUGGACCAAGAAGACGAAGAGCAAUUUAUGAAAUGUGUGGCCUUUGACGCAUCAAUUCAUCCACAUCCGGUGCUCUGUACGGAUUGUGAAAUUUCUAAAGAAAAUUUACCACAAACUCCUCCAGUAUCAGUGUCUAGUAGUAAGGAGGCUGUUGGUUCACCCUACGACGAAUACACCGCUGAAAUGAACGGAAAUGCGAUCUCGAUCAGAGUGGAGAAAAACUGCGAACUCAAAGUCAUGUUACCGGAUGAGCCGGACGAAAAUUGCACCAAAGGUUGUUGGACUUCGUUAACCAUGCCGGAUGGUGUAUAUGCCUUGGAAGAACGCUACGCCCAGCGAGAAAUGAAUGCAUGUCGCUUGCCGGUGGUCCGAGGAAACCUCAAAUAUCCAGCCAAGCAAUGGUCGGGGGAUUUCAUGUUAUGCAAGCAGAAGCGACCAAUUUGUGCGGAAGAUUUUCGCGUGCGUCCGGAUAAAAUCCGUUCCAUUUGCAUGCAAACACGUGAUCCAGAGAAACCGAUACAGGCUUGCGGAGUAGAAAUAUGCAAGAAAGGUUGGCACGAUCCAAACGUUGAUGUGUUUGUUCUGAAGUUGGGCAAAAAUAAGACCUCUCAUGGGGAAGUGGCUCACAAUCAAGUUGAACUAGAAUUACGGACACCGAAAGGGCCCAUGCUGGAGAAGAAACCAAAGGAAACGCGUGGUGUUCAGGUGAUCGAAGCAGAAUUCGAAGACACCAAGAGACCGGCUAAGGAAGAAACUAAAAAGCCGAAGAAGGCCACAAAGAAGGGUAAAAAGAAGUAAAACCAUUGUAAACAGUAAUAUUAGAGAAUGCGUUUCGAUUGAUAGUCUAUUCAUUAAAAGUUGAUGAUUGAACAGCA